AUGUCUGUUCAGACCACGGUGGUCCUACAAUCAGCGCUCCUCAAGUCUGCCGCAAACCUCACUGCGCAAGCUGCCAACUCAAAGCUCACAGCGAUCGACUGGCAGUCUGUGGCUGAAUUCGCCAUUUUCGGCCUGAUACAAGCACAUCUGAACUGCCACUGGCAGCGGUUCCUCGAGGAUACUUUCCCCACACUCUCCCCUCGAGCACCGGACAAGACACCGAGAACAGCCUGGCACAAUGUCCUCUUCAAGCUGGCGAUAGACCAAACCGCCGGUCUCUUCCUCAUGAACACCGUCUUCCUCGUGUGCACCAGCGCGGUACGACUAUCCAACACCAGUCAAGUCGUGGCGGAGGUGAAUCGCAGGAUCUGGCCGUUGAUCCGGAACGCGUGGAAGAUCUGGCCAGCCUGCGCCCUGGUCAACUUCCUGUGGGUACCGGUGGAAUCGCGGGUUCUAGUAGCAUCCUGCGUUGGAUUCGGCUGGAAUGUCUUCUUGGCUCUGUUUAUGCUGGCGAAAUAG